AUGUACUGCCUGUGCCGUUCGUCGAAGACCAUCGCGGUGCGGAUCGUGCUGCUGGACGAGACGGACUUUCUUCACGAGCUGCAGGAUGAUUUACCCGGCCAAGCGCUGCUGGACGUGGUGUUCGCCCGGCUCAACCUCAUAGAGACGGCCUACUUCGGUAUCCGUUACAUAGAUCAGGACAACCAGACGCACUGGUUGGACCCGGCGGCCCGACUUUCCCGCCAGCUGAAGGCGGGCAAGGUGGCGUACGAUCUCUACUUCGGCGUCAAGUUCUACGCGUGCGAUCCGUGCAAGUUGGUGGAAGAAAUUACCAGAUAUCAGCUGUACUUGCAAGUCAAGCAGGACAUACUUCAAGGCCGCUUGCCGGUAUCGUUCGAGCUGGCCGCAGAGCUGGGAGCGUACGUGGUGCAGGCCGAGCUGGGCAACUAUGAUCCCCGAAAGCAUCCGCCGGGUUACGUGUCCGAGUUUCGGCUGCUCAACAACCAGACGAAGGAGAUCGAGAGCCGCAUCCACGAGCUGCACAUCCAACUCGAGGGAAUGUCACCGUCGCAGGCCGAGUUCAACUAUCUGGACAAGGUCAAGUGGCACGAUAUGUACGGGGUGGACCUGCAUCCGGUGCUGGGCGAGGACAGCGUGGAGUACUUCCUGGGGCUAACGCCGGGCGGCAUUGUGGUGCUGCGGAACAAAACCACCGUUGCCCACUACUACUGGCCCCGGAUAGCGAAGGUCUACUACAAGGGUCGAUAUUUUAUGCUUCGUGUCUGUGAUAAAAAUAAUGAAGUUAGUACGUACGGUUUCGAGACACCAAAAAAGAGCGCCUGCAAGCACCUGUGGAAGUGCUGUGUGGAACACCAUUCGUUCUUCCGCCUGGUCCGGGUAGCGCCGAUGCAGGCCACCACCGGGACGCUCGGUAGCAAGUAUAGUGGUCGAUCCGAUCGGCAACCGAUGAAGGAUGGCGCGACCCAGCAACGGAUCCAACCGACCUUCACCAGGACACCGUCCCGUCGGCAACCGCGCCGCGUGCUGCACGACCCACAGCAAGAGGCGGAAAAGCUGUUCGAUGCACCAAAGUACAUCCAGCAGGAAAUCAAAUCCGUUUCCAUACCUCAACCGGCUCAAUCAUUUGAGAGCCCUUACCGUUCUACUUGCAGUAUACCGGCUGCAUUGAACGGGAGCGCCAAUGGCGCCGUUAAAUCGGCCGGUCCGAUGCCACCGGACUCCCCGCGCAGUACCCGCAGUGCCCCCUGGAUGCGCUCGCAACAGCGCGGCCUGUUCGGUAUCAACUCCAGUCCCAAGUCGGUCCGGUCGGCAUCGACACGUAUGAGUGCGCCGGCCAACAACACCCGGAUGCGGUCGAGCUCGGUCGAAAGCCACUCGUCGAACGAGUCACGGUCCGGGCGUCGCCGUCGGCACCGCAGCCGCCGGGUGUCGGACAACGAGAGCGAGAUGAGCCGCGGUUCGGGCCGGUCGGGGCGAUCGCACAACUCGCAUCGGAAGCACCGUCGGCAUCGCUCCAAGAACCGUCGCAACCGGUCGGAUACGGAGAGCCGCGAUCGAAGCUACUCGGGACACCGGCGAUCGACGGACUCGAUCGAGCUGGUCGACUCGGGCGAGCAGUGGCUGGAGGUGCAGCGGAAGCAGCACUCGGACGCCGUACCGAAGGCGGCUGUCAUCAAGAGCAGCCAGGUGAUGAAGGGCGCCCAUCCGGAUUCGGGCAUUGUGCAGCACCACCAGCACCGUAGCCGGCGUCACCGGAAGCACCGUUCGCCCUCGGAGAAGAUCUGGUCGAGCGAGCUCACCAAGCACCUGCAGUUCGAUCUGGUCGACACGACCGGCAUGACCGAGGAUCAGCUGCGCGAGAUCCCGUACACGGUCGUCGAGACGAACCACGCCGCCAAAAAACCGAACACGCUGAAGGUACACAAGACCAGUCACCAUUCGACGACGUCCCUGUCCUCCUCCCAUCACCAUUCGCAUCAGGUGAACAACAACCGCAUCGACAGGAUAAGGGAGUACCCGAAGGGUGAUGGUAGCCUGGGGGAGAACGGCGUCAACGGUGGUUCGAUAAGGUCAGCCAGCACGAUCAGCUCGUCGAGGGACUACGAUCGAAGUUCGGGACUCAUCAGGAUGAUGUCCAGCAUGAGCAUGGGAGACUUUAUCUCACCAACCGGAUCGAGCCUAAGCCCAUUGGACAGUUCCGGCCUGCGCGUUUCCCACGAACACACGGACUCCGGCCUUGGAGCCGAUCAGGACUAUGCAUAUUCAUCGGAGAGGUCCAGCGAUAGCGCAAAGUAUGGUACGAACAAAUCUUCCGGCGCGUCGGUAACGUCAGGCCACACGAAGUCGUCCUCGUCGAACAACAUGAAGUCGCACCAUCACACAGUGAGUAACAGGAAACCACCGCUCUGCCCGGGUCGUUCCGGGUCGCAGCUACCAAUCACACAGCAACCACAGCUACAACAGCAUCAACAGCAGCCGCAGCAGCAGCAGCAAACACAUCCACAGCUGCCACAACCAUUUUCCCCGGUGCCCGGUGUACAUAGUGCCAACGGCAGUAACAGUCGCUUGAUUAACACCAGUAACACGCACUACCAAAACAAUCACUACACCUUUAGCCUAACCCGAAACACCCAUCAGUCCCAUCAUGCGCCACUGCCUCAUCAGCAACAGCUGCGCCACCAUUCGACUAACAACCCGGGCGGCAACCGGCAUCACCACCAGCACCAGCAGCAGCUGCAGUCCGGUGGCCGCCCGCACCAUCCAGGUAGUGGUAGCAUUGGUAGUGGGUUAAGCACUAGCACCUAUCUGGACACGGUUGCCACGCUGUCGUCAUCGGCGACACCGUAUCACUACUUCUACGACGGAACCGGCUUCCGCACGAACGUCGGUCUCCACCAUCCGAUCAGCUCGACGAUGGGUACCGGCGUUCGCGGUACCAAGUCGGACAUCGGUGUACCGAUACGCCCGAAGCGGCACCACUUCCAACAGCAUCAGCAGCAGCAGCAGCAACAAGCGGCUGGCCAGCACCUUUCCAGUGUGCACAGCUUCAAGCGUCAGCCGACGGCCGACCGGAGGCAACCGUCGCCGUCGUCGGCCAAGUCGAUCGACUACCUGGAAAACUACAAGACCGGCGUCGAGCGGCUGAACCAGGGCAACGGACUGAACAAUAAUAGUCCGGAAACGUUCGCCGGCCUGCUCGGACGCUCGAGCUCCGGCAACCAGAACGUACUCAAUAACAACAACAACGAAGACGACAGUCACCCACAGGCCAAGGGACAGGGCGAAGGCGGGGGUGUGGGCGCGGGCGAUGUCGUCGGGCCUCUGAUUUGCUUCGAUUCCAAUCGAAAUCGCGAUGAGUCGACGACGGUGGUCGGCACUCCGACUCGCGACGGUGGCCAGGGAAGCGCGGCCAACAACGCACGAUCCGGCGACAAUGGGAACGGCAGCAGCGGGGGCACCGUGGUGGCGUCGCCCACCGAACGCCGCCCGAGCGGCCAGAGUUCGCGGGAAAGCCCGGCAAAGGGCACCGAGCUGGGCAAGCGACCCCCGCUGGCCGGGUCCAGCCCGGCCCGGUUCGGUGGUGGCGCCGGUAAGCACAGCAACCAUCGCUCGUCCAGCUUAGAACUGAUACUAACACCUAUCAUACAGAGCCGACGGUAA